AUGGACAAACUGAGGAACUGUCAGGGGGUAGAAGAAGAACCAGGCUUAUAUCGGCAGGAGUUGAGGGAAGAUGGAUAUUUCCAGAUGGAAACAAUCCGACUGAGCGAGGAGGAGAUCAUAUCAUCUCUCCCCCAAAACUACAGGUUCAUCAAAUACCUGGACAAGGGAGGAUUUGCCCAAGUGGUCCAGUGUCAGAUCAAGGACACUUUCCAGAAUGUGGCUAUUUCUAUCCUGACUCGACUGAUGGAGGAAGGAUGUGACCAGAGAAACAUCGUCAAAUUCUUGGAGGUGUUUGACACUCGUUUGGGGAAAGCCAUCAUCUUUGAAGCGCUGGACAUGUGUCUGUUCGAUUACCACGCAAAAUAUGCCCCACUGUGCCUCUCCACUGUCCGCACCAUCACCAAACAGCAACGCAAUCACCUGGAGUCACCUGAUGAGUUAAUGGUAUAUGGCAAAGCUAAACGUUUCCAUGGAGACAAGCAGAUGUCACAGAGUCUACCUGAAAAGUUCCAUAGUACUUUCUUCAGCACCACAAAACGGCCAGUAUCUGGGCUCACCAGACGCUGUUGGGGGAAGUUGGCGAAGAAGCAGAAGGAGACAGCGAGCAGCUCCACGCAGCAGAGGGAGAUGGGUCCAGUGACCACAGCCGACAAAAGCACCACAAAAGUCAGUACACUGCACAAAGACGACCCCUUCUCCACCUCCAACCAGGAACUCAACGGGUUUGACAGCAGCCAGGCGUCUCUGUCCCAGCCCUCUCUGACCCUCCAGAGUUUUCCAUACGCAGGCUGUGAGUCUGUGGAGCUGUCCUACCAGAGUGGUCAGUUCCAGUCUGGUCAUAUUCCUCCAGCCAUUCGCGUGGCUGACCUCCUCCAACACAUCACACAGAUGAAGUGUGGCCAGGGUUACGGCUUCAAGGAAGAGUACGAGGCCCUGGCAGAGGGACAGGCGGCCCCAUGGGACACAGCCAAAAAGGACGAGAACCGCAACAAGAAUCGCUACGGCAACAUCAUCGCUUACGAUCACACCAGAGUCCGCCUGCCGCUGCUGGAGGGGGAGCCACACUCCGACUACAUCAACGCCAACUACAUCGACGGGUACCAUAGACCCAGACAUUACAUCGCCUCACAAGGGCCCAUGCAGGAGACGGUGAGGGAUUUCUGGAGGAUGGUUUGGCAGGAGAACUCCGCCUCCAUCGUCAUGGUAACCAACCUGGUGGAGGUGGGACGGGUCAAAUGCGUGCGCUACUGGCCCGAUGAGACGGAGGUGUAUGGGGACAUUAAAGUCACUCUGAUUGAAACUGAACCACUGGCUGAAUACGUCAUACGCACGUUCUCUGUACAAAAGAAGGGUCAUCACGAGAUCCGGGAGCUGAGGCAGUUCCACUUCACCAGUUGGCCCGAUCACGGCGUUCCCUGCUACGCCACUGGACUGUUGGGAUUCAUCCGACAGGUCAAGUUCCUGAACCCUCCGGACGCUGGGCCCAUAGUGGUGCACUGCAGUGCCGGAGCGGGGCGGACAGGCUGCUUCAUCGCGGUGGACAUUAUGUUGGACAUGGCAGAGAACGAAGGCGUGGUGGAUAUUUUUAACUGUAUUCGAGAGCUGAGGUCACAGAGGGUCAACAUGGUGCAGACUGAGGAGCAGUAUGUAUUUGUCCACGACGCCAUCUUGGAGGCCUGUCUCUGUGGAAACACAGCCAUCCCAGUGUGUGAGUUCAGAGCUGUUUACUACAACAUCAGCAGAAUAGACCCUCAGACCAACUCCAGCCAAAUCAAAGAUGAGUUCCAGACCUUGAACAUAGUGACACCUAGAGUACGCCCCGAAGACUGCAGUGUGGGUUUGUUACCAAGGAAUCACGAUAAAAACCGCAGCAUGGACGUGCUGUCCGCAGACCGCUGCCUGCCCUUCCUCAUAUCAGUCGACGGAGAAAGCUCCAACUACAUCAACGCUGCUCUAAUGGACAGCCAUAAGCAGCCCGCGGCCUUCAUCGUUACCCAGCAUCCUUUGCCAAACACGAUGGCAGACUUCUGGAGGCUGGUGUUUGACUAUAACUGCUCGUCUAUUGUCAUGCUGAAUGAGAUGGAUGCGGCACAGUUGUGUAUGCAGUACUGGCCUGAGAAGAGCUCCUGUUGUUACGGACCGAUUCAGGUGGAGUUUAUUUCAGCCGAUAUCGACGAAGACAUCAUCAACCGCAUCUUCAGGAUCUGCAACAUGGCCAGGCCUCAGGACGGAUAUCGUCUGGUGCAGCACUUCCAGUUCAUUGGCUGGCCGGCGUACAGGGACACGCCUCUGUCCAAACGCUCCAUCCUGCAGCUGGUGCGCAGACUGGCCAAGUGGCAGGAGCAGUACGACGGGGGCGACGGGCGCACGGUGGUGCACUGUCUCACUGGAGGAGGGCGCUCGGGGACGUUCUGUGCCAUCUGCAGCAUCAAUGAGAUGAUCCAGCAGCAGAACAUCGUGGACGUGUUCCACACCGUCAAGACCCUGAGGAACAACAAGACGCACAUGGUGGAGACUCUGGAGCAGUACAAGUUCUGUUACGAAGUGGCCCUGGAGGCGCUCAGCUCGUUCUGA